CAAUUUUUGCUCGCCAGCCUUGCUGCAAUCUACCCCAACUCCUUUGCUGAAGGUUUUAGCAACACAGAACGCCAGGCAGCAACGCGUGCGCUGCUCCGACACGAUUCUCAUAUCGAUGGCACACAUUUCCAUACCAGAAAAUGUGGUGGCCUUCAUCCUUCCUACAUCGUGUUUAACUCGUACACAUCAGCAGACGAGAAGUCUAUCACACACAAGGAGCUUGUUGAGGCGGCGCUGCAGGAUGUUUUUGAUGCAAUUGUAAUGCAAGACCGUCUUGAUGGAGGGAUUUCCCUUCUUAUUCGCUGCCCCGGCUCUAAAGCCACAGCAGCACUUUUGCCAGAGCACAUCUCUCUGGACCUUUACAUCACGCCUCACAAAUUGCGCGAAACUCUGGAGCGCCUGGGAGGAGAUGUGUCAGUGUUG